AAAACAAAACUGAAAAUUUGGAUAUCUUACGCAUUUUCACAUGUUUCAAACUUCUUAACUUUGUCAGCAUAUAUAUCAACAGCCAAUUUUUCUCUCUUGAAAAUAAAGGAAAGGGAAAGAAAGGAUAAGGGAAGGUGAGAAACAUAUGCCAAAUUCCCUGUCCUUUCUUUCCCUAAUUUCCAUUUCUGGCUGUUUCUUGAUCUGAGGAUCGGAGGAAUUGAAUUUUCAAAAUUCUGUUAUAUUCCAUCCAUUCCCACUUCUUUUCUUGAUUCAUUUUUGGAUAAAGAAAAUAAAAAAUGGAUGUGGAAGAGCCAUUGCUGAGGAAUGAAGUUCCAAAUGUGCGUCGAAACUCAGUUACUUCUAUGAGAUGCGAUUUCUUCUCUAAACUACCUAGAAAGGUUAAGACAGGUCUUGAUCCUGAAGAACCUUUUCUUCUGGAUUUGUCUAAAACCACUGGUUUAAUUGAUGGGGAGAAAGAAUAUUAUGAAAGACAGAUUGCAACUUUAAAGUCGUUUGAGGAAGUAGACUCACUUGAUUCAGCUGAUGCCAUUGAUGAAGAACAAGACUUACUAGAUCAAGCACAGCAUGAAAGAGCAAUGAACAUUUCCAAUUUUGCAAAUGUCUUAUUACUUGCCUUUAAGAUCUACGCUACUGUAAAAAGUGGUUCUUUAGCCAUUGCAGCGUCGACGUUGGAUUCAUUACUUGAUCUAAUGGCUGGUGGUAUUCUUUGGUUCACACACUUGUCAAUGAAGAGUAUAAACAUUUACAAGUACCCUAUAGGAAAGUUAAGAGUUCAACCAGUGGGGAUUAUCAUCUUUGCUGCUGUUAUGGCUACUCUUGGCUUUCAGGUCUUAGUGCAGGCUGUGGAACAACUGAUAAAAGAUACACCUUCGGACAAGAUGACCGAGGAGCAACUGGCUUGGCUAUAUGCAAUCAUGCUGACAGCCACUGGAGUGAAGCUCGUCUUAUGGAUUUAUUGCAGAAGUUCAGGAAACAAGAUAGUUAGAGCAUAUGCAAAGGAUCAUUACUUCGAUGUGGUAACAAAUGUUGUCGGUUUGGUUGCUGCUGUUCUCGGUGAUCGAUUCUAUUGGUGGAUCGAUCCUGUUGGUGCUAUUGUCCUUGCUGUAUAUACAAUUACAAAUUGGUCAGGAACUGUGCUGGAAAAUGCAGUUUCUCUUGUUGGACAAUCAGCCCCUCCUGACUUUCUACAGAAACUUACAUAUCUUGUUCUAAGGCAUGAUCCUCAGAUAAAAAGAGUUGAUACCGUUCGAGCCUAUACUUUUGGAGUUCUUUACUUUGUUGAGGUUGACAUAGAGCUCCCAGAAGACUUGCCACUGAAAGAAGCCCAUUCCAUUGGAGAGUCACUUCAGAUUAAGAUUGAAGAACUUCCAGAAGUUGAACGUGCUUUUGUCCAUCUUGAUUAUGAGUGUGAUCACAAACCAGAACACUCCAUUUUGAGUAGAAUUCCCAACAGCCCACCUUAAUAUUCUAGUCUCUCCAACUCCAUGUUAUUUCUUAGGACUUUUACAAUGUAAAAUUAAGAGCCCAUUUUGCUAUAUGGAAGUAUCAUGAAGAGUGAGGCCUGACGUUUUCAUAUGUAUACAGAAAAGAGAAUGCCAUUUUCCCUUAUGAAUCACCUAAUUAGCUUCACAUU